CGGGCCUGGUGCCGGCCUCAGCCUCAGCCUCGCGCUCUCUCUGUCCGCCUCCAGCCGCCCCGCUCCUCGCAGCCCGAUGCCGGCCGCCUGCACCAGUAGUAGCAGCGUCCCCCUCAGCCAUGGCCGCCAGCGACUACUCCAUCAACCUGAGGGUCCAGCAGGUGCUGAGCCUGUGGGCACACGGCACCCUGCAGCACUUCACCGAGAUGUGGUACUGGGUUUUUCUUUGGGCCCUCUUCUCUUCUCUCUUUAUCCAUGGUGCUGUGGGCCUGCUGAUGUUUGUAAUGCUACAGCGGCACAAGCAAGGCAGAGUCAUAUCUGUGAUAGCCAUAGUCAUCGGCUUUCUGGCGUCCAUCACUGGAGGAAUGAUCACCAGUGCAGCAGUUGCUGGUGUGUACAGGGUGGCAGGGAAGACAAUGGCUCCACUGGAGGCACUAGUAUUUGGUGCUGGACAGACAGUGCUCACGGUUGUCAUCUCCUUCUCGAGGAUUCUAGCCACCCUAUGAGGGAGAACGUUGCAAAUUUCAGUCUACAAAGCAAAUACUGUUGGAGUUCUUAAUGAGAGAGCUAGCUUGAUGGGAAAACCUGCUGAAGGCCAGCAGAAUUAAAUGUCCAUUGUAAGGCCAGGGAGUUGUGUCCAAGAUGUAAGGUGGCAUGGGAUCUGCAGGCCUGUGAAGAAAUGGCACUCUGCUGUUCGAAUCAUUGCACUACUGCACUGUUCAUGCUCCUGCUAACAAGCAAGGCCUGAAGAUCACUGAAGUCUGGGAAGCCUCAGAAGCAAGCACUUUGUACAGUUUGUUGAGGAUUGGUGGUGACAGAUACACUCUACUGUAAAUAAGCUCUGAUACAGAGACUGCAGGGACAGAAUCACUCAGUAUUCUAUGUGCCAAAUUUAAAGCUUUUUUUAAAGAAAACAAAUUUGAAUAUUUCACAAUUGAUCAAUUGUGCUAUUCGAUAUCCAGGUUAAAAAGUGGUCUUUGGGAGAUGUUUACUACUGGGUGUAUUAGUACGUUAUUGUCAUGGCAUUUCCUAUUCCCACUUCCUCCUUCCACACACAAUAUUGUGUGGAUACUUGUGCAUUACUGUGGGAGUAGAAAAAUGCCAGAUUUAGAGGCUACUUUUUGUAAAAUGCUGCUUUAUUGAUCUUUGUUGCUGUCUUUGCCACACGCACUCUGGUUUAACGAUGCUACCUUUUUUUCACAAUGGAGCUCCUUUGCCAUUGGUUGAGUGGGAUUCUCCACCAUCACUUAUUGAGCAUGUCAAGCCAAUAUCUUUGUGAACAAACCAGAUUUUAGCAGGAUGCCAGAUAUCUUGCAUGCAAAGCAAUGUGGAAACUGGUUCUCUCGGUUUAUACUGCCUCAUUAAAACUGAGAAAAAUGUAGUUGAAAUUUGAUUUCGAACACAUCUCCAAAUGUACCUUCAAUGCUUCAAAGUAUACCUUCCACCUUUGUCUAGUGCGGUCCUCCCAGAUGCUCAAGUGGAUUCCUAACCAGAUCAAUUCAAUAGUCUUCAUAUCGGUCAUACUUAUCUUAAAUGUUUCAGACUGAUCUGUUGGGCUUGUUUACUGACUGCCAGCUGGAGAUCCUCAAUGCAGAAGUAAUAUUGGACACAAAAUUGGGCAUUGCUUAUCUUUAUCUUUUUUAUUGACUAGAAUAAUUUUGGCACACACAUUGUGAAAUGCCAAGUUUAUACCGUCUAUUGAUGAUUGAAGCUUUUUUUUAAAUGUAGAACACUUAGGAAGGUGCAUGAAUGAGACGAGAAUGAGACCAAGUUGUAACAAAUUUCAUGCAUGAGGCUGAUUUUUACUGAAUACAUCUAAAAUGGUACAGUAGCAAACCUUGUGCAUCUAUAUUUGCAGCUUAACAAAGUGCUGUGAUGUGUUUUUUUUUAAAAAAUAUUUAUACUGUUAUUUCUGAUCUGACCAUAUUUAGAAGAAAAAACACAAGAGAAAAACUGAAACGAAAGAGGCAAUUUGUCCCAUCAAGUCUAUUCUCUCAGGCUCCCUUAAUCCACCCCACGCCAUUGCUUGCUUCAUUAUUAUUGAUUCAGGUCCCCCUCAAAGGCAUUUGAGAAUUAGGCACUUUAUCAGAGAGUCUGAUCCAUGUAUUUACCAAAUCGAAAUACUUCAGUUUAAACUCUUAAGCCUCUGAAUUUUACAGUUAUGGAUCUAGACUUGUGUUAACUGACCAAGUCAAAUAUCCUCCUUGCAUAUUUCUGAUUUUAUAGAUACUUAAAUCACUCUUUAAUGCCAUUUCCUGUUAUUUUUCUUUAAAACUUUAAUGCUUUUUAAAAAUUGAUGUAUAUGUUGUAUUUGUACCUAUCAGUAUACAUACAGUCUCUGGUCCAGACAUUCUUAUGGAACACAUUGCCCUAGAAAACUCACUAUCCUGCUCGUGAGUAGGAAUGCACAAUUAUACAUUGUACUCAAUUCAUUUACAUGGUAAUGUACAGGUCUCAGAGAGGCUAUUGUGGUCUCGUCCAACAGGCCAGCCGCAAAAUUAGAAGAAUAACUAACUUUCUUAUACCCUUCGACUGCUUCUGUUCCCAAAAGUCCAGCCAUUUCCUGAUGAAUUUCAGUAUGGUCCACCUCACAUGUAUCCCCGGUCAUUCUGUUCCAUAGUAAUUUCAAUAGUUAAACCUGUCCGCCCUUCCUCUUUUGGGUGUGAGUCCUUUCCUCUUCUGAGCUCGACUAGUUUCUCAGUCCACCCACAUUGAAACUAUUUCCCUGGUGAAGUAUGAAUAUUUAUAUUUGAAAAUAUUAAUUUG